AUGGUUCAAUCUUUCCCUCCGGGUGUUAGAUUUGUUCCUUCUGAUUAUGAAGUCAUUCAUUAUUAUCUCGAGCUGAAGAUUAUGAACGGUAUAUUACCUUACAACCACAUUCAAGAAGUUAACCUCUACAAAUAUAGUCCGGAGGAGCUUUCAGGUAUGUACCCAAGACCACAGGGAGAAAAUGAAUUGUAUGUGUUCACUCCUAGAGAUAGAAAGUAUAGGAAUGGCACAAGGCCAAAGAGGGCUGCUGGGAAUGGGUACUGGAAGGCCACAGGUGCUGACAAGCCUAUCACACAUGGAGCUCAUUGUGUUAUAGGCUACAAAAAGACAUUAGUUUACUAUGAAGGAAAGCCUCCAAAUGGUGAAAAGACAAACUGGAUUAUGCAUGAGUACACAGUGAAAGAUGCUAAAACUCCAAAACCCAGGAGAGAUAAUGCUGAUCCCAUGAGGUUGGAUGAUUGGGUUCUAUGUAGAAUUUACAAUAAAACAGACAAGGGAGCAGGGUGUACACAAAAAGAAGAUGAGAAUAAUGUUGAAGCAAAUACAUCUCCCCCUCCCCCUCCCCCUCAUGAUGAAGAAAGUGUGGAGGUCCAAGAGGUGAAAUUCGAUGAAGAAAGUGUGGAGGUCCAAGAGGUGAAAUUCUCAUUCCCGCCCAAAGAAAUGACUUUCCAUAAUGCCUUCGAGUUUGGGAAUGACCCUAUCUAUGAUGAUGCUCAAUUCAUCAACUCUGAUUCUGAUUCUUUUAUUCCGGAGAUUAUCUACAACCAGCCUUUGGAUUUUCAUAUUGACCAUAUUCUUUCUUCCCAAAAUGUUGAAUCCCCGACCCUAAAAGCCCCUGUGACUCGCGACAAAACAUCAGGAAGGAUAUAA